CGUAAUCGGCUAUGACAGCUGUGCUGUGCUUUGCAGUCAGUCAACAUGGCGGACGAAAGCGUUCUCGAAGGCGAAGAUGAGAAUAUUUUGUACGAUUUACUCGUUCUUACCGAAUGGCCUCCAGAGACUGACACUCAGCUACGAGGCAACAAGGAACAAAAUACCUCCCUUGUAGCAAAAGCAGUGACAGGGCCAUUUCGCAUCAUCCUGCACUAUUUGUGGUACAGUCCCUCCAGCUCUUCUCUGCCGCUCGGCCUCCUGCGACUGGUGAACAAGCAGAUUGGCUGGCAGCUGGUGCUGGCCAGUAACGGCAAGCUCCUUGCGGUGGUUCAGGACCAAUGUGUGGAGAUCAGAUCUGUGAGAGAUGACUUUGGCUCAGUUAUUGGGAAGUGCCAAGUGCCAAAGGACCCCAACCCCCAAUGGCGGCGGGUGGCGUGGAGCCACGACUGCGCCCUGCUGGCCUUCGCCGACAGCACGGGCACGGUUCGCCUCUUCGACCUUGUGGGCAGCGAGCUGUUUGUCAUCCCCCCGGAACUGAGUUUCCCCGGGGAUUUCAGCAGUGCCGUAGCGGGCCUCAUCUUCCUCGAGUACACGGGCGGCGCUCAAUGGUCGGCCGAGCUGCUGGUCAUCACGUACGGGGGCGGGCUCAAGAGCUACCUGGUCAGUGUGGGCACCAAUCAGAAUUUCCAAAAGAACCACACCUUCAGCUUCUCCACCUACUACUCCCACGGCAUCACCUCAGCUAUCUACCACCCGGGGCACCGGCUACUGCUGGUGGCUGGCUGUGAUUCGGGGUCCGACGGCUCAUCCAAGGCCUCCUCUUGCGGUCUGACGGCGUGGAGGGCGCUGUCCGGCUCGCCUCACUACAAGCAGGUCACCAGCUUCGAGGACGAUGUCAACACGAGCCACAAGCGAGGUUUCUUGCGAAUGCCCAACUUGAGGCUGUUCAGCAGACAAGGAGAUGAAAAGGACGGCGUGUUCCGUAUGAGUCUGAGCCCCGACGGGACGCUGCUGGCUGUCAUUCAUUUCUCGGGUCGCCUGUCCCUCUGGGAUGUCCCCUCGCUUAAGCAGAGAGCGGUGUGGGAGCAGGACCAACAGCCAGGAUUUGAGGAGAUCAAUCCGGAGUGGAAGACAUCACUGGAGAGGAGGAAGAAAAUAAAAGACAAGGAGCAGUACCAGCCGCUGGUGGAUGUCAACUGGUGGAGCGACAGCGUGCUGAUCCUGGCCCGCUGCUCGGGCGCCGUCACCGUGUCGUCCAUCAGGAGCCUCCGCAACCUUCUGGGCAAGUCCUGCGAGUGGUUCGAACCCUCGCCCAGAGUCACGGCCGCACGCCACGGCGGAUUCCUGAGCCUGGAGUGCGAGGUGAAGCUCGCCCAGAAGCGUGUCCGCCUUGAGAGCAACGUGGGCGGCGCGACCGGCGACGACGAGGAGGGCGACGACGGCGGGGACUCGGACUCGGACGACGAAUCCUCCGCCAAGGCUCGCUAUUUUGGCUACAUCAAGCAGGGCCUCUACUACGUGACGGAGAUGGAACGCUUCGCGCCGCCUCGCAAGCGCCCCCGCACCAUUGUUAAGAACUACCGGCUGGUUAGUCUCAGGUCCACCACGCCCGAGGAGCUCUACCAGAGAAAGAUCGACAACGAAGAAUACGGUGAGGCCUUGUCUCUCGCCCAUGCUUAUAAUCUGGACUCAGAUCUUGUCUACCAGAGACAAUGGAGGAAGAGCACAGUCAGCAUCGCCUCCAUACAAGAUUAUCUUAGCAAGAUCCGCAAGCGCUCGUGGGUCCUGCACGAGUGCGUGGAGCGCGUCCCGGAGAACGUGGACGCGGCCAAGGAGCUGCUGCAGUACGGGCUGAAGGGCACUGAUCUGGAGGCGCUCAUCGCCAUCGGCAACAGAGAGGACGGGGGCAGGUUCAUCAUGCCGGGCGAUGUGGACCUGGACGACCUUCCCUAUGAGGACCUGUCAGAUGAGGAGGAGGCGGAGAUGCAGACGGAGAAGGAGAGCAGGAGGAAGCGAGAGCUGCUAGACAAGGUCGACUUCAGCAGACUGACGCUGGAGCAGAAGGAGUUGUGUCGGAGCCGACUGAAGCUGCUGUCGUACUUGGACAGGCUGGCAACGUACGAGGAGAUACUCGGAGGUCCCCACGCCGCCGAGCAGAAAUACGACGCCGAGUUCUUCAAGAAGUUCCGUAGUCAGAAUAUCAUUUUGUCGGCACGGAACUACGCCAGGGAGAGUAACGUGCAGGCCCUGGACAUCCUCUUCACGUAUCACGGGGCAGAGCUGCUCGAACAUCGACUCGCCAUCCUUUCCAACUUCCCGGAGACCACCUCCCCGCACGAGUACACCACCUUGCUGCCUGAGGUCUGCGUGGACGAGCGAGGCGAGCAGGCGCUGAUGGCCUGGGACGAGCAGCGGCACCGACAGACCGACUGGUGCGAGGCGGACCAGUGCAGGGCCGUGUUGGAACAGAACCCGUUUGACGAUGACGCCUUCCUGUACGAGGACGCUCCGGAUCUGCUGCGCUUCCGCUCGCAGACGCCUUCCGUGCGGCUCUUGGCCGACUGGUACUGCAGCCGAGCGCGGGAUAUAGAAGCCUGCUCCCGACAGGUGGACUGUGCGCUGUCGUUGGUGCGUCUGGGGACAGAGCGUGCCGUCCCCGGGCUGGACCUGCUUUGCAGCGACCUGGUGACGCUAGAGACGCUCGUCUACGAGACGCUGGGCGAGAUCAACCUGACCCUACGAGACCUGCAGCAGCUCGCCGACAUCGACAAGCUUCGCCUGCUCAUGAAAAACCAGUCCUGCAAGGAACGCUACGUGAAAGACGCCUUCCAGUGGAUGGUGCCCUUUCUGCACCGCUGCGAGGGACAGAAGGAGGGCGCCGCCGAGCGUCUGCUGCGGGACUUCCUGGUGGGAUUGGCCUGCAGCGACCUGGCCUUCCCGCUCCUCAUCUUCCAGCACUCCAAACCUGACUGUGCGCAGAAAGUGAUCGGGGACCCCGACCAGCUGAUGGCGGUGGCGCUGGAGUGCAUCUAUUGCAGCGAGAGAGACGACCAGCUCAGCCUGUGCUACGACAUCCUGGAGUGUCUGCCUCAGAGGGGCUUCGGGCCAGAGACGGACAUCACAUCAUCUCUGCACGAUCGGGUGGACAAACUGGAGAAGCACCUCAGCGUGGCCGAGGUUCUGGAGAAACACGGCCUGCAGAAGCCCGUUUCGUACGUCAGGAACAGUCAGAAUACCCCAGAGGAAGCCCACCAGCUCAUGGUCAAGCUGUGCCGACACACCGGACGCAAGAAGCCUGCAGUGGGCGAGUCCAUGUGGAGGGGUCUGCUGCAGGAUCUGCUGGACAUGCAGCAGAAUGUCUACACGUGUCUGAAAGCACACACAUGCCACCAGAUCUUUGUCGAGUCCCUGCUGUGCUCCAGCCGGCUGGAGAACGUGCGUCUGGCGGGACAGCUGAUGCACUGUUCCACGAUCAGCCGGGAAGAUUCUGUCGGUGGGCCGUCGCGUGGGAAGGGCUCCGCCGUCAAGGUGGCGUACGACAGCAGCGUGGAGUUGGUGCUGGCCGCCGCCAGGGAGUACUUCAACUCCUCCACCACGCUCACAGACCCCUGCAUGGGACUGGCCAGGGCUUGUCUGCAGCUGAUCAGUGACUGCCCGCCGGCCGUUCAAGAGGAGCUUGACCUCAUCGACGCCCUUAGCCUGCUGCAUGACUUUGGCGUCAACAUCCUGCCGCUACAAGUGCGUCUGCGCUCCGACCGGCUGUCUCUGGUAAACGAGUGCGUCACCCACUGCGCCACAGCCUACAAACAGUCCACCACUCUGCUCAGUGUGGCGUCUCUUCUGCGAGUGGCAGGGGAUGACGAGGCCACCCGCAAAGGCCAAGUGUUGACCCUGCUCGCUGAACAAGCCCUCCAGUGUCUGGACUUCAAGGCUUCUUACAUCCACUGUCAGGAUCUCAUGGCUGCAGGUUACAGUCCGGCUUGGGAUGUUUGCAGUCUGCUGGGCCAAUGCGAAGGCUUCACUGACCUGGAAGCCAGACAGCAGCUGCUGGCCUUUUCGCUCACACACUGUCCGCCCGACAACAUCCACGUGCUGCUGGCCGCCUCCAGCGACCUGCAGACUCAGGUGUUGUACCAGGCAGUCAACUACCAAAUGGAGCCUGAGAUUGCAGAGGGUGCGAGAGAAGCUGAUGAGAGCAACUCAUCCAAGGCGGCGGGUCCCCAUGCGGUGACGGCAGGGGAGCUGCUCCACAGGACGACGGCCAAGACCAUGGAGGUCCUGGCCACGACAGGUCUGACCACCAAGGCCGUGCUGAACGCAGUGAGCGAUCACCGCUGGUGGAAGCAGUCGCUCAACUACCUGCGCCCACUGCACGGUCAAGAUGAGGCCAGUGAGGAGCGCUCGAGUGAGAAUUCCAAACUGGAACGUCAAGGAUGUUGCUCUUUCUAUCAAGAGCUCAUUGACCUUCCCUAUGUCGACCCGAGUCAAGACGUGUAUUCGUCCUACAAGGACGUACCCCCCGAGAACUUUGCCGAGGUGUUGCUCAGGACCGGCAAACUGGCCGAGGCCAAAACAGAAGGGACCACUUUGUUUCCUGCAACAGAAGUGUUGCUGCAGCUGGCCAACGACGCUUUUCCCAGGGACACCACGCUGGCGCUGUCCUACUUGCUGGCGCUGCCCCAGGUCCUGGAUGCCAACCGGUGCUUUGAGCAGCAGUGCCACUCGGCCUUGUCCCUCCAGCUGGCCGCUUACUAUUAUUCGCUACACAUCUACAGCCGCCUGCAACCUUGCUUCAAGGACAAGAAGCACACGCUCUACCAGGCUGACCCAAAGGAGCUUAUCCGACUGGUCACCCAGCACGUGUCGGCCUACUCGGGCUGGCCCGAAGAUCUGCAGAAAUUGAUUGUGCAGUUGCAGACGUACAAUGAGCGAUUGAGCGACUACACGCAGGCGCAAGUGCUGCAGGGUCUGGGCCGUGGCGUUGACGUGCAGCGCUUCAGCUCCGACCCUGAUUACAAGAAGGAGACCAUCCUCGGCUUGGCUGAGACCCUGGACGACGGCGUGUAUGGCAUCUCGUUGUCACUGGCUAAACGCUACCGUGUUCCUCUGUGGGAGGUCCACAUGACUCAUCUGGAGUUCCUUUUUACAGACAGCGGUCUGUCCACCAAGGACAUCGAAUCCCGCAGCGAGUCACUGGGCCUGUUGGCCACGCUGAAGAGCGACCCGCAGAGCUUUUACGGCCACAUGAGCAAGUACGUGCUGCCCAGCGUGGAGGGCAGCGACCUGAGCCGGCUGCUCUACUACUACACACUGCUGGACGCCGCCGGCUGCCGGCCAUACAUGGCCGCCGUCGCCAUCACGCCAGACAGCCACAUCAAGUUGCUCAAGAAGCUCCGUGCUGUGGCCAGCGGCUUAAACUACCGCCACCUCACGGACGAAUCCCGGGACCCGCUGGCCGCUCUCGAACCGGUCCUGACCAGUCAGAACGUGUUGUCCAUCUCUAAACUGGCCCAUCUGCUGCCGAGGCCUGGCGGCAAUGGCCAGGGGGCGACAUUGUCCGCCAGUGCGAUCCACGCCACCUGGCUGCGCAAUUUGUUCUGGAAGGGCGACGCCCAGCUGCUCAAGAGCCCGCCUCUCAACGAACAGGACUACCUGCACGCGUACGACACCUGCGCCAAGUACCUGGACAGGCUGCUUCCUGUCCACGCCGUCCACUUCCUGGAUGAUAUCACCUUCUCCACUGAGGCCAUCACGCAUCUCAGCAUCCAGGCGCGCUCCGAGGUGCUCCGGCGAGCCACCAACACACUGCGGCUGCUGGCUGAAAAGAGCAAGAAGCGAGGAGGGCGAGCGACAGCCAGCGCUGAGGCGACCAGCGAGCGGGAAGACGCGGAAGAGGCCGCGAUGACUUUGGACGACGCCCUGGCCCACCUGCACCAGUCGCAGGCCCACUUGGAGACGCUGAGUCAUGACUUCAUCACGUCGCUGCGAGACAGCCCACAGGAACAGCUGCGGGGCUACAGCCGACUUUACGAUCUGUCCCGCUCCGAGAGGUCCAAGGUCCACGAACUGGCAGUCACCAUGGCGACCGACGGCCAGCCUCUCCAGAGUAUCCGCCAGCUCCUGCACAUCGCCUUGGGACAGCAAGACCUGUCGGUCAAAAGUGUGCUGCAGGACGCCGUGGCUAGAGUUGUCACUGUGCUCAGCGGCGACCCCGACAUCCUGACAAAACACACAGCAGCCCUCGACGUGCUCAAGGCCAUGGCGAUGGCUGUGCACAGCAGUGUACAGGAGGGUGACAGCAUGGUGAGCUCUGACGACCUGCUGGCCUGGCUGCGACCGUUCUGCGGCGACCCGUCGCUCCCGGUGCGUCCUCGAAUCGCCGUGCUGCAGAUCCUUGAGAGUAACUUCAGCAUGUGCGACGCUGAUGUGCGUCUCCUGCUGCUCUACAGGACGCAAGCUGUCCUCAAACACACCGAGGUGCAGAUAGAAGACGUGGAGAACGAAGACAAGCGCAACAGCCUAUUCCUGCAGCUUUUGGAGGCGGCGCGCCAGUGGGAGGACUUCCAGACGCUCAUUUUGCUCCUGCAAGCUUGGCCGCCCUUCAUGCAAGAUGUGGCCACGUCCGAGCGUAACCCCUGGGUUCUGCUGACUUCAGCCAUGCUGACCCGCUGCCAGGGGCCCGAGGUGGAGGUGGAGGUGGACCUGGGUCAGCAGGUGUUGACCAUGAUCCGAGCCCUGUACAACACCAAGCACAAGCUCCCGGCAGAGUGCGUCCGAAGUGUGGCCGAAAUGCUGCUGCCCAGCUUCCAGCAGCCCGCGCUCAAGCUGAUGGCUGAAAGCGGCGACGCCGAGCUGCUGCAACUAACUCUGGAUCAAGUCAACGGCAUGACCACAGAGGCGGCGGCGGCAAUUUGUGAUGACGAACUGCUCUCUCUUCUGCUGGACACCGGGCUGCUGGUUGGCUGCUCGUCCUCAGCCGCCUACCCGCUGCUCCACGCGCACAUGCUAGCGUGCCGUCGGGACGCGGACGAGGCCGCCGGCCAGCUGCUGGCGGCGGGCCGUGGGGCCGAGGCCGGCUCCCUGCUGUUGGCCCACCGCGGUGCGCAUCCGGCACACUUCACCUUCAACUCGGCCCUCGCCGUCCUCAAGAAGUGGUUGUGAGGUGGGGCGGUACACUACCAUCGACUUUUUUUCAGGCACGUUGGGAGCUACAAAAUAUCAAUGGAAAAAAAAAGGAUUUAAGAGCAAAUUGGACAAAAGCUUGGCGAGAAUUCAAAUCUGGUUUCAAAUCAUGUAAAAAUAUCUCACCUUGGUCUUAAGUAAAUUUCUGCCUGAAUGAUGCUACAAAAUACUGUUCGCAAAAUAAAUACUGUGCAGAAAACAAAAAUGUGCUUUCAAAUUCUUAGAUGAUGACAUGUAACAAAAAGGCCAACUGCAUUGCGGGAAAAAAAAAUUAUGAAACAUAUUUAACGGUAUUCUCGGACAGAUAGCAGCCAUGAAGAAAGCCAGAAGACUAACAAGUGGCCGAUUAAGGAAACGACGGUUGCGCGUGAUAAGCCUCCCCAAAUGGUGUUAAGGUUUGUGUAAAGUCCUUCUAAAUUCUGGGGAAAGCUUGCUCACAUUUUUUUUAAAACGUAGUAAAAUGUGUAAUUUUCUCUCACCACAACAAAUAAA